UUUAAUGGAGAAUGGUGGUGUUGGUCGAAACCGGCUUACAAUAUUCAUAUCCAGUAUCAGUAUAGGAUUCCAGUGAAAUCAAGUCAACAAGUAGUGAAACGUAUACAAAUUGGAAUAAUCAAAAUAACCGGCUGCAGCUUGAAGCGCUGCCAAACGAUGUUUAGUUUGUGAGUACCGUUCGCCAGACUAGUGCAAAGACAUUUUGCUUGCAGUUCUCCCUUAAGUACUACCGCAGUUGGUUUCGAGCAAUACGAGAAAGCGGAUCAUCAAUCUCUCAUUACGCCCAGUAUACCCAUAAAGACAAAAUUAUGGACAACGGAAAUAUCGCUCUUCUAAGCGUAUCGGAUAAAUCUAAUUUGCUAGAGCUUGCAGCGGGACUUAAUCAGCUCGGGCUAAAAUUGGUAGCAAGUGGAGGAACAGCGAAGGCGAUUCGUGAUCAGGGUCUUCCGGUGCGCGAUGUGUCAGAUAUCACGGGAGCUCCGGAAAUGUUGGGUGGACGUGUAAAAACAUUGCAUCCCGCUGUUCACGCUGGUAUCUUGGCCCGCGAAACCGAUUCCGACAUGAGUGAUAUUAAGCGUCAGGAUUAUGAACUGGUGCAAGUCGUUGUAUGCAAUUUAUAUCCUUUUGGUUUAACAAUCUCGAAACCGGACGUAACGAUUGCCGAUGCUGUUGAGAAUAUCGAUAUUGGGGGUGUUACGUUGCUUCGAGCUGCUGCUAAAAAUCACAAACGAGUCACUGUCUUGUGCGAUCCGAAAGAUUAUGGCAAAGUACUGGAUGAAAUCAAGCAAUACGGAGAUACCGCCCCGUCAACCCGGCAGAUGCUGGCCUUGAAGGCCUUCACGCACACGGCAGAGUAUGAUAAUCUGAUUUCGGACUAUUUCCGGAAGCAAUAUUCAACGGGGGUAUCGCAACUUAAUCUCCGUUAUGGAAUGAACCCGCAUCAGAAACCGGCCCAAAUUUUCACCACCCUAGAAAAGCUUCCAUUGAAAGUUAUUAACGCUUCUCCAGGUUUUAUUAAUCUGUGUGACGCUUUAAACGGCUGGCAAUUGGUACGCGAUCUGAGAAAGGCUCUCGGUCUACCAGCUGCCACAAGCUUCAAACAUGUUUCGCCAGCUGGAGCUGCUGUCGGGGUACCGUUAACGUUGGAUCAGGCUAAACUCUGCAUGGUUGAUGACCUAUUCGAAUCUCUAACUCCACUAGCAACGGCCUAUGCUCGAGCUCGCGGUGCCGACCGUAUGUCUUCGUUCGGUGAUUUCGUAGCAUUGUCUGAUACCUGCGAUUUGAUUACGGCAAAGAUAAUUUCUCGAGAAGUAUCUGACGGCAUAAUUGCGCCGGGAUACACGAAUGAUGCUUUGGAGUUGUUGAAGAAAAAGAAAAACGGGGCUUAUUGUGUACUGCAAAUUGAUCCAACGUAUGAGCCGAGUCCCAUCGAAAGAAAGACUCUGUUCGGAUUGCAAAUGGAGCAACGCCGCAACGAUGCAGAUAUCAAUAAGGAACUGUUUACAAACAUCGUUACUAAAAACAAGACUCUUCCUGAAUCUGCUCUCAGAGACCUAAUAGUUGCCACGAUUGCACUGAAGUACACUCAGAGCAACUCAGUUUGUUAUGCAAAAGACGGCCAAGUGGUUGGCAUUGGAGCCGGACAGCAGUCCCGUAUUCACUGCACUCGUCUUGCUGGUGAUAAGGCUGAUAAUUGGUGGCUACGCCAGCAUCCACGAGUAACAUCUAUGCAGUUCAAGAAGGGAGUGAAACGUGCGGAAAUUUCCAAUGCAAUCGACAAUUAUGUCAACGGCACUGUCGGUAAGGAUAUGCCUCUGGCUCAAUUCGAGGCUAUGUACGAUGAGGUUCCGGAAUUUCUGACCAGUGUUGACAAGCAAAUCUGGGCCAAGCAACUGAACGGUGUAUGUCUCGGAUCGGACGCUUUCUUCCCCUUCAGGGAUAACAUCGACAGAGCAACACAAAGUGGGGUGUCAUUUAUUGCCAGUCCAUCUGGUUCUACCAACGAUGCUGGAGUAAUCGAUGCGUGCAAUGAUCAUGACAUUGUAAUGGUGCACACUAAUUUGAGAUUGUUCCAUCAUUAGAGACGAUAUAACAUAAUAGAAUAACAAUCCUAAUAACUGAA